GUGGGGUGAUACUCUCAUCGCUCCGUCAUAUAACUAUGUGGUGAUGGAACACGUGUAUAUAAUAGUUGUAUGGGAAGUGAAAAUCUGUGAUAGUGGUGCCAUAUUAUGUACUAUCGAUGGGAAACUAUAAACCAACAUGAAAAUUCACGAUAAUUGCAGAAAAUAAUAAAAUUGUUUAAACCUCACAAUUACUCAUCGACGAAUGAUUACAAAGUCUGAUGCGUUAUUGGUGGAAACAUAAUAUUGAUGCUUACGUAAGAAAUAUAAAUGCACUAAUUACACUGUCAUCAAAAGUGAAUAAUGAAAAUGAACGUGUUGUACAUCUUAAGAAUUAUACAACUCGUCUGGUAUAAUGUCUCACACUAACAGGCAAAGUGUUCCAUUUGCGUCACAUAAAUUCGGCAGUGAUAAUGUCGUUUACUAAGAAAAUAACAAACUAUGUCAAUGAAACCGUAUUAUGAAAACCAAAACCGGUAGUUUUAAAUAUUUAUUGAGUUAAAUUACGUGUGAUUAAGUGACGGUGUGUUGUUCUGAAGGGCUACCUCGUGUUUACAAAGUGACGCUCAAUGGUGAUACAGGGAAAGUUUUUGUGCAUACGGCCGUCUACUUGAUGCAUACAGGUGGUUGACUACAUGUACGUAUGUUUACAACAAUACGUAAAACAGUAAAACACCAUCCACUAUGUUGCAUACAUCCACCUAACGUCUCGGUGGUGCUAGAGAGCUUGUAACUUUAUGUUGAUAAACAGAAUUAAUAAAAUUUUUAAACAAACUUCGAGAUGUCCUUCCUAGGUGUUGAAAUUGUUGUUGUUCCUGACAUUUCCAAAGUAUUGCAACAUAUCUUCGAGCGCCAUAGUUGUCAUAUCUCUUCUUGAUGUUUAUAAGGCGCUACUGGCUGCUUGUGUCCAUGAUAUGUGCAUGAAUCUGUUCCUUCAACCAUGGAGGAUCAGCUGAAAACUUUCGGUAUGGUUUACACAUCAACGGCAUCAAUUGGAACUAACAGCAACAACAACUUCACCACCAAUCCCAAUGGUGAAAGGAAAGAUGUCCCCGUAUCCUUUUCGUCCUCUUCUUCUUCCUUAGAAGUCUCUACCAUCACCUCCAGUAGCGUGACAGCAGCUUCCACUUCCUCUAAGGAUACGGCACCGUCCUCAACAUCCGUCCUCAAGAGCACAACGACUCAGGGCCUCUCCAACGCGUUCAACCAGAGCUACACGACGGAGGUACGAUGGGAAGUUCACAAAGCCAAGCACUACUCUAGUUUAGACACCUCCCUCGAGGACUUCGAAGAGACAUUUGACAACGACGAGGAAGAUGCAGAUCCUGAGGGAAGUGAAUACGAGCGCGACGACGGCGCAUAUGAUAACGACAGCGUCAGCGAGUCAGAUAACACCAGCGGGGAGACCGAGUCGACUUUGAGAGCGAGUAGUGCGACCGAUAUGGAGGAGGGAGUCAGAGGACACUGUGCAGAUAUCAGAGAGAUAGACGGCAUCAAAGUGGAAUCGAAGCUUAGUCUAAGUGGGAAUUAUUAUAAGGAGAGAUACACCAUAGACUACGACCAGUCAGGGUGGAGGGGAGUCGAACUCUUUAUCAGGGAAAAGAAAGAAGAUCUGGAUGCGUCUACACACAGUGAGACUCGAUGGACGAGUACUGACGUGAGGAAAGUUAAUGAAAAUUCGACAGUGAAUGAAAGUGCAACAGACAAUGGCGAGACAGACUUUUAUGAGACGGAUAACGGUGAAAAAGAUUUUAAUGAGACGGAUAUUGGUGAAACAGACUUUGAUGGAAGUGAUGCAGGAGAUACGGAAACUAAUGAAACGGAGUCAGAGAGAACAGAAACUGACAGCAUUUCUGUCACAACCAGCACGGAGCCUUCCAAAGAUGAGGAGGUAGUUGAAGAAAAGCCCCAAGUCAAGCAGGAUCGUCAAGGCAAUUUAAACAAGUCUUUCCACGGGGAGCUGGAGCUGGAGAGGCCCAGUAAACAGCAGCCCCGACCCAGGUGGCAGCAAUCCACCGCCGAACUAGAACUGGAAUCCCCAGAUCGUGGAGAGAAGAGCCAGAAAUCCGGACGUCGUUUGUGGUCGCGAUCCAACUCCGGAGAAAAGGAAGUGACAGCCCCUUUAAGGAGACUUCCGAAAACGCCGUCCUUGCAGGAAUCGACAGCUUCGGAGCUCGACGCGAAGUCCUUGACAGAUAAAUCGACGUCCCACGCUCGGGAAGUGACUUUUCCCGAGCGGGAUUUGACGUCGGCAAUGCGGGAAAUGUCAGUGAUGCGGUCUAGGCUGACCAACCUGAGAAAGAUCAUCCACGACAAAAACGAGGAAAUACGAGAGCUGAAGGCCCGCAUGAAAGUUGAGAAGACCAAUUCCAGGACCCGUGAGCUGAUGCUGCAGAGGGAGAAACAGACCAAGCAAGGAGUCGAGCUGGUAUCUUCCAUCGAGCUGGCGCACCUUCGUCGGGAGUUGACUGUCCUUCGCCAAGAGAAAGAUCGCCUGCGAGCUGAACUGACGUUAAAGGCUGCGGCAGAGAGAGAGAAGGCAGCAGAACUGAGGAAAUGCAAACAGGAACACGAGAGACAACUGAAGGUGGUCAAGAUGGAGGUAAAGAGAGACGAAGUGAGGGAGAACCACCAGCUCUCCCUCCUACACAAAUCCAUCUCCAACAAGGAAAAGACGGCGGCGUUCCAGCAUUCCCAUACCCGCCUUAGUAGGAAUCUUGUGUCUGGCUCCGGUACCUGGUCUUAG